UGAAAACAUUGCCAGUGUGGUCGAUGAAGUUGUGAGUGUAGCUUGUGUGUGUGACUGUAUUUCAUAAUGGACUCCUCUUUACGCGAACAGGUUAUGAUUAAUCAGUUUGUCAUGGCUGCAGGAGCAACUAGAGAACAGGCAAGACAGUUGCUACAGUCUGCGCACUGGCAGUUUGAGACAGCGCUAAGUAUAUUUUUCCAAGAGGCUGUUCCCAACGGCGGAGCAUCUCAGCACCACCUUAACCACCUGUGCACUCCAGCCAACACACCUGCUACACCCCCAGCCUUCCCAGAUGCUUUAGCUGCCUUCUCCAAGAUGUCUACUCAAGAUAAACUUUCCACAUCUCCAUCAGGAGGAUUUUCACCACCACCACAAUUUCAAGCACCACAGUUUCAAGCACCACAGUUCCAGGCACCACAGUUCCAGGCACCACAAUUCCAAGUGCCCAUCUCUCAGCCUCCAUCUAUGAUGGUGCAACAACAACAUCAUCAUCAUCAGCAGUCCCAGCCUAGACAGAUAAUUGCAAAUAAUGUACACAUUAAUGCACAGAGAUAAGCAAGGCUGGCUGGUGUAAACUCUUUAUUUUUUGUCAUCACAAAAGGACUUAUAUAAAUGGAACUAAUGACCAGAAGAUGUAAUGCUAUUCAUUAUGGUGAAGUUACAUCUAUGGUUGGUGUUUCCGAUGUUUAGAGCACACACCAUUGACAAUAUUCUGAAGAGAUAGUCAACAACUACCGUACUAGUAUCUGUUCCCUAUUGUCUUGGCUGUUAAUUUGUAGUUGCUCUACCCUUAUGUUGAAUAAAGGAGUUUGAACAAGUCUUUACUCCAAGACUGUGGCUAUCCAUGAUUCUAUGAACAUUAAUUUAACUUUUCAUGUUUUUAUUAUUGACUAAUUAUGGGUCAUCCAUGAUGUCAGUUUGUCUGUUCAUAAGAAUAGCAAAAGAUUAUACAGUAUUGUAAAUAACCUAAGAGACAAAUCAUGUUUAAUGAAUGGUCAAUAUUUAGCCUAACUAGUGUGUGGAUACUCAUGGUCUUGGUGAUGGACUAAUUAAAUCUUGAAACUUAAUAACUUGAUAUAGAAUACUGCAGUAAAUUUGAUAUAUUUAUGGUGUAUGUUGUUAGUUUGAUAAUUUUUAGUCCAUCCUUUGUUACACUAAUGCCCAAAAUGUACUACUGCAGUUGGAUAGUCUAAAUGUCAGUUUAAUAUGGUAUAUGUAGAAAGAAUUGUACAUGCUCUAUUUUUGAGACAAGGGAUGCAAUGAUAGCUGUCUGAAUUACCGUAUUUUUUUUCUUUGGGCAUUUUGUUAUUUGUUUCUCAAUGCUCAACACUACAUUAUUUGAAAUGCUGAUAAGUAAGUUUUGAAUAUCAGCAGUGGAAACAAAAACUGUUAACAUUUUUAUAAACAGAGAAAUUAAACUUUGACUCAUAGUGUAGGCUGUCCAUUUGUACUUGUGGAGAAAUAUUUGCACUUGUAGAUGAUCCAUGUUCACUGUGUCUCAAAACUGUUGUAAAUAUAUUUUUCUUUUUUGGCCACUCUUAAAAUGCAUUGAAAGAAUUUGUUAUGGAAAUUGACCAUUGAACUAGAUCAUCUUGUGGAAGAGUGUUUAGUGAUAUGGAAAAUGCACCAGUUGGUGCAUUUUCUAAAACUCAGUUGGAUGGGUUUGUGGUUAUUACAUAAAGGUCUUUAUACCUGUCAUUGUACUUGUUCUAUCAUAAAUCAGGUACUAUGUUAAGUUCAUCAAGGUCAUAUUAACAAUGCCUUUCUAUCUGAAAAAUAUAUUCUGUGACUCGUAUAAAUCACCACUAACUUAUCCCUUUAGAGUGCAAACUCUUAACAAUUUUUUUUGUGAUAAGGAAUUAAGAAAAAUUUUCAGCAAAAAAAGUUAUUUUUUUGUGAAUGUUGGGUGUAGUGACUGAAGUGUUUAUGGGAGUUUUGCAUUUGCUACCCUGCUUUAAAUACUGUACUGUAUUGGAAAUAUCUUUGUGGAUAGAGAAAGAAAGAUAGCAAUUCUCUAACAAGAAUAUGAUCAGAUUGCCUCAUACUUUUCUUAAAGAAAUAAAUCAUAUGAUCCUGUAAGGAGUGCAGCAUCACUGUACUAUUAAGAAUAUUCCAUAGAUAAUACUAGGUAAAUUUUUUUAUUAGCUUUUUGUUAUGGUGUUGAUAUGUUUUUUAAAGAGCAAUCCCUCAUACUUUGUUACUAUUUGUCAUUUAGUGAGUUUGAAUAGAAACAGUACUCAGAUGCAACUUAUAUGUAUGGGAAACAUUAAUGGUGAUGUCUUUAUAAAAAAUUCUUUGUCUACAUUUCAGAAAUUAUAGAUGGAAGGCAAAGUUGAUUUGAGACCCAUACAUAUUGCAUAAAUAAAAUUUCCAUAUUGUGGAUUUGUAGUCCAUUUUUAAGCUGCUUUUCUUUUUAAUUUUCAGUCACUUACAUAUUGAAACAGAGUGAUUAUACAGUGGAACAAGCAGUUUUAUUAAAUAUACAGGUAUCCCCCUAUUUACGACCAUCUGUUUUACAAUGGGCAAAAUCCACGUUAAUGAUAAUAGUUCAGAGUUAAUUGAUUUUGUGAGCAGAAGGUUAACCUAAUUUCAAAUUGCAUACAUAAAAAAAAAUGUUAUAAUAGACAAUAUAAUUGAUACAUAGCAUAUCAUAAAAUACAA